GUAGUUCCCAGGCAUUUCGACCCACACGGGUGUCUCGUCCAUGUUGGCUAUUGCACUUAAAGGGUAAUCACACUGCCUUCUCAAUCUGUUGACGUAUCUCAGGAAGGAAACGAUCUUGUCAUCAAUCUCACUAACUGGUUUUUGGGCUGUAUGAGUGGCCCUUCUAAACGACAGUCUGUUUCUCAACAUAAACUUUCGGAGCCAGGAACAUGAAGCUUUAAAUUGUUGAUUUCCUAUCAAUUCAGAAAGAACUCGUAACUAACUAGGGCUACGACAGGCGGGAAAAUAUGACCUAGGGAAACGCAAAACAACAAAGAGAGUCACAUAAAAAAAUGAUAAUUAUCAUUAUGUUUGAAGUCGCAUGACCAAUGGCUUAAUCUUUACGACUGUAACUCUACCUCUACCUCCGCCUUGUCUUCUCCUUUUUAUUUCCUUCACUAACUGAUCUUCUAUAUCCAACCAUUGUAGUUUUCUUCCACCCCCUGCUAAUCGUUUUGUUGUCAUGCCUCUUGUUUCACCUGCCAUUUUCAAUUGAUCCUCUUCUUUCCUCCAUUCGAUAACUCGUUUUCUGUCAAUCAUAAACUCCUUUGUUGCCGCACUGUUGUUUUGGCAUUUGGCAUAUUGGACAACUUUAAAUUUCAUGCUGUAGCUUGCAUGUCUUCUCUUAUGCCUCUCCAUUGUUGUUCCGUUAACUGCCAACGAACCAAGCUUAUUUUAAAUUUUCUUUGUUCUGUAAUGACUACCUACCUAUUUCAAAUUGGAAUGAUUGACAUAAAUGACUUACCUAUUGGUUGUAAUUGCCUUAGAUCCACCCCUAACGCGAUCAGAUUGGUGGUUUGUGUACCUGCGCAAACAAGAUGCGCAAUGCACUUCACACAGAAAAUGGCUAGCGAACACGAAAAAACAUUCCAUUUCGAGUCCACAAUUAGGGGAUAUCAUGAGUAUAAAGAUACAUGUGACAUUAAGAUUGGAGAGAGUGUAUACUGCUGCAUCGAUGAAGAUAAUGCAUAUGACAAAAAUGCAACAUUUGUGAAGAAAAAUGAUAAAAUUGUAGGACAUGUUCCAAGAGAGAACGCCAACAUUUUUAAGUUCUUUUUGAAACGAGGAGGGACAAUAUCAGGAAAGAUCGUUGGAAAGAGGCUGAAUAAAGGCAAGGGAUUAGAAAUACCUGUUGUAUAUGUAUUGAAGGGACGUGCUGCUGAUAUAAAUAAAUUGGAAUCGCUUCUGAAAUCGACACAAUAAACCGGUAGGUGAAAAUACUCUAUUAUCGCCCACAAUGUUUUUUUUAUUAGAGCUUCGUCAGAUCUCAAUAUUAUCUGGACAGGACUUUCUAACCUGGGACAAAAAGUCGGGUGUGCAUUUUUUAGAGAGUGUGCGUUUAAUAGAGAUAAUACGGUAUGCUAUUUGUAUCCAUGUUUUGUAUAUUCUUAGCAUCUAUGAUGCUAUUUGUGUCCGUGUUUUUUUGUAUAUUCUGAACAUCUAUUGUGUUAUUUAUGUCCAUGUU